AUCACAAAUCACAAUGAAAUAAUCAUGAAAUCAUCAAUAAUUAUUCAUCAUUAUCAUCAGUCAUUAUCAGAUAAUAAGAUAAAUCAAGAAUAAAUUGAAUCUGUGAACAUUGAAUAUUUCCAUUAUGAUAUUUUUACUUUCAGUGUCUCAUCCAUAGCAUUCCAUAAUAAUAAUAUUUUUGUGAUCAAAAUUCUCAAUACAUCUCUACCUACCAGAAAUACCUACCUAAAUCAUUAUAACACUUCUUUCAAAAUUAUAAUAUAGAAUCAAGGUAGAAUAUUGGAUCUCAAAUUUCAAAAUGUCUAGUAAUGACUCUGAUACUGCUAGAAGUGAGGCUACUCCUGAAAAAUGUGGCUGGUCCAAAUUUUCUGAAAGCAAAUUAAUUGAGGUUGAGAAGAAGAUAUUGAAUGUACUCAAAACUACCUAUAGAACUUGGUUUGUACCAAUUGGUUCCACUGUUGGUAAAAAUGAUAAAAUCUGGACCAUACUACUGAAUGAAGAAUCAAAAAAUACUCCACUCGUUUUACUUCAUGGUUUUGCAGCAGGAUUAUGCUUUUGGUGUUUAAACUUUGACACAGUAGCAAAAGAGAGGCCAGUUUAUGCAAUAGACUUAUUGGGAUUUGGGCGAUCAACCAGACCCAAUUUUAGUAGUGACUGCCUUGAAGCAGAACAACAAAUGGUAGAGUCUUUGGAAGAAUGGAGAAAAGAAGUGAAGUUAGACAACUUCAUAUUAUUAGGUCACAGUUUUGGAGGUUAUCUUGCAACCAGCUAUGCAUCAAAUUAUCCAGAUAGAGUGAAACAUUUAAUUUUGGCUGAUCCUUGGGGAUUUGCUGAGCGUCCUGAAAAGUUGAACUUGCCCAUUUGGGUGAAAAUGCUUUCAAUAUUAUUUUAUCCACUAACAUAUUUGAAUCCUUUGGCCACUGUCAGAGCAGCAGGUCCUAUAGGUCCUUGGUUGAUAAGCAAAGUCAGAAAUGAUCUUUCACAAAAGUAUGGUUCAAUAAUAGAUGAGAAAGAAACGAUCACAGAGUAUAUCUACCAUUGCAACUCACAGAAACCAACAGGAGAAGCUGCAUUUCAUAGUAUGAGACAAGGCUAUGCCUGGGCAAAAAAUCCUAUGAUUAAUAGAUUGGAUAAACUGAGUAACGACAUACCAUUAACAAUUCUUUAUGGUGAGAACUCUUGGAUAACAAGGACAACUGAAGAACAACUUAAAAACAAGAGGCCAAAUUCAUAUGUAAAAAUUGAGAUCAUCAACAGUGCAGGCCACCACAUCAAUGCUGAUCAACCAGAGUUAUUCAAUCAAACUGUUAAGGAUGUUUGUAAGUUAACUGAUUCUGCUCAAAAUUCAAAUGGAGACAUAACAAAAGAAGCAGAUGAGGAAGACAAUAAUUACCAAGAGACGAAAAAUAAAAUAGAACCAUUUAAUGAUGAAGAUCACAAAAUAGAAAAUAUGCAAUUAACCAAUCACAAAAUAUGAUUAUAUUUGGUUCAAAAUUUCAAUACCUAAAUCAAGACCUACCUCUUUUCAAUAAUUAUUAAACUUUUUUAUAUGACAUGUGAUAUUUCUGAGGUAAAAAUUUUAUAUUCAAAUUUCAAUGAAAGUUCCACUGGGAUUUUUCUUUUGUCUGUAUGAUCUGUCAUCUUCACUAUCCAUGUUCAUUUGUUGUUCAAUUGACUGCUGGGAGCCAGUCUUUAUUUGGUGACAUAAUUGCUUCAGUUUCACAUUUUUCUAGUCAAGAUAUUAUAUUGAGUGAGUUAUUUAUGGCGGUUAACAGUAAAUCCAUAUGGUUCCUCAGGUCCAUUUUUCAUUCAAAAUAGAAAUACCUAUUCAUGCAUGGUAGUAUUCAACCUUCAACUAAUACUAACUUUCACCAUGUGUUUAUUUAGGGUCUCACUGAAAACAAAAUCAUAAUAAUAUAUUCAGUGGUAGUGGUGGUGGUUACAAAGUACCUAGUCUUCAGCAAGUGUACCAAUCAUUAAGGGUGAUAAGUUAUGUAUAACUCAAUUCUUAUUUUUUUGUGGUACAAAACACUAAAAAUAGGUACCUACGACGAGCCUAUAGUUAGAAACUAAGAAGACAGCGUUGGAAACCACAGAAAUCAGUUAAUAUUGAACGCAAUAUUACACCUGUCUGAUAUUAUGACUUAUGACAUGGCGUUAAGGUUAUUGUUUUCUUUAUGGAAAGAUAGUCACAUCACAUUUAAUUUAUGUCAUAUUUCUAUUGUUUCAAUGAUUCCUGAGAAUAAACUCGAACUCAAAGCGGAAUACAAUCAUUACAACCACUAUGAAACUAUAUAUUCAUAACUUAGUAAACACUCCCUUCUGAGCCAGCGCCAACUACUACCUAUCUUCUUAUUUAAGAUAUAGUCUAAUACCAGCGUCAAAUAAGAAUUAUAUUAUAUUUCCGUACUAAUUUAUUUUAAAUUUCAAAUCUUGGAUGCGUCUCCUGCUUAAAACAAUUAUUGCAUGCCGUAAGUCAGUUGGAGCGGGUGUGAAGUUGAACCACAAUAUUUUUAUUUCCUCAUGAUCAUACUCAUAUUCUAGUCAAUUCAUUCGGUGGAUGGAAGAGGUGCCAGUUUCACUUCGCGAUUUGUCGUUUUCAUAUAAAGGGUUAUGAGAAAUAAUGGCUUUAACCAAUGGCAGGGCUUCCCGAUAUUGCUCCCGCGUGGCGGCACCAAUGUGUCUGGGAGUCAUUUCUCAGCUUCAUGGUCUUUUUCUAUCUCUUUGAGCGUACAAAAGGACAUUCCUAUAAUAUUCGUGGAACAGCGCGCGUACCUAAGAAAUGGAGUUGCGAUGUAGGUAUCUGCAUUCUUUGCUCGUUCCAAACGUUCUCGAGGACCAUUGAAAAGGCACAAUAAUACAACUUUUAGAUAUUAAUCAUCAUAAAGAAAUUUCGUUACUACGAAUAAAGAAAGAAAUAAUGACAACUGACAUGACCUCCAACCUCACCAGUGCCUCUUUCUAGAUUACCUGUCACUGAUUGAAGCAUACAAUCAAAUAGAAGAAUUUUUUCAGAUCAGAUCGUACAAUGCCUGUGAAUAAACAUUGAAAUAUCGAAAAUCAUACAAACAAAAAUAUAGGUAUAGUUUAUUAUUCAAUACAUGAAUUUUUUCGAUUUUUUUUCUUUUCAUUUUUUUCAAUGUAUCACCAACUCGGCUGUUGGCUAUAAUUUCAACUAAGUAAUAUUGUCAAAUUGUCAUAACAGUUUCGAUCAAGGAAUCCAAGCAUAAUGACUUGGUAAAAAAUGGCUAAAUAUAAUUAUUCAUUACUCAAAGCAUGAAUUUUUCGUUUUUUUCCAUUUUUUCAAUGUAAAAAUUCGCUAAAUUGAUUUGAGUUUCGUUGAAAAACAUCAGAACGAAUAUAAAAAUACUCUGUUUUUCUGUGAUGUUUUAUGAUUAUACACAUAUAGACCAACGCAUUACUGAUGACUCACCUUGUAUAAAUUAACAGGUCAUUUGGAACAAAAAUAUCUUGAAUUCCAGUGGCGGAUUAGGUAUUUUCAUUAUUUAUUUUUAAUGUCUGACCGACAAAACAGUGUCUACUAAAGAAGGGAAGAUUUGUACAGUGUCUGUCAGACGCGUCAGUUGUAUGUUUGUCUUUUGAAAUGAUUAUUUUGUGUUCUGUAAGGAGAGGAUAGUAUUAUUUAUUAGAUGUUAGUAGAAAACAGCAAUUGAAUUGACGACCUUCUUUUCAUCAUUAAUAACUGGUAUAUCUAUUUAACCUUAGAUUAGAUUUAGAGUGGGGCCUUCGGGCUAUCUGCCUCCACACCGCGACCUUUUCAGAUCUAUUGUGUCUCAAAAUCGUUUAGAGUUCUUAGGCUAGCCUCGCCUUCUCUAUGAGACUCCAUAGGCUAGCUUUCAGAUCCCCUGUGUAACUUUGGGCUCUUGAUUUUUCCUCACCCAGUAUAAAGAACCAUAGUCUUGACAAGACCUCACAGUGGCAAAGUAUGUGUACUGCUGUUUCCUCCUCUUCCUGACAGAACCUGCACAGCAGUUCUUCAGUCAGACCUAUCGUACUCAUGUGUUUGUUGAUCCUACAAUGACCUGUGAGAAGUCCCACUAGUAUUUUAGUUGUACUUCGUUUCUGGCUCAGUAGAUAUUCUGUGAAUGUUGGCGAUUGUUUUUAAAUAAACUUUGUUGCCCGACUCAUUCCUGGCGAAUUGUUCCACCAUUCUUGAGAUUUGGUUUGCAUCCAUGAUUUGAUACUCAUCUUUUGUAUAGCUUUCGCAAUACCACAAAAGGGUUCUGAGCCAUUCAGAGUUGUUUGCUCCUGUCUCUUCUUUGUCCUCGUUCCCUGUGUGUGCUGGUACCCAUGCUAGAGCUCUAUUCAACCUUAUCAAAUACAAAACAAUGAGGGAUAUGGGAAAUACCUAUAGAUGAUACCGAAAACGGAGAACAGUAUAUAGAAUAUAUUUGGCCCAGGAGGACCAGCGAAGGACUUCCUUAAAGCUUAAAGCACAACAACAACACAGUAUCUUCCAUGAUAUUUUUGAUUCGAAUUCUCUUUCUUUUUAUUGUAAUAUCCGCUUAAGCCUCAUUAUCAGAAUUUUCACUACCUACUCUAUAGCGUUUCAAUUUGCUUCAGCAUCAUUUCAUGUGUUUAAUAUGAAAUGUGUCAGAUGAGACAUUACACCUACCAAAAUCAUAUAAUCCAAAAGUUCUUUCCAUCAUGAGAAUACUACAAUCAAAAAUUCAAAUUCGAAUUUCGAACCAAAUCCGUCAAUAAAAUGUCACUAAAAAUACUCGGAUAAAAGUUACAACAUCCUGAGGUCAGUUCAAGUGUAGGUUAGUACCAGUUCAUUUCAGGGACAACAAAUUUUCAAUUGGAAAGCGGCUCAAGUGAACUAACUAACUAAAUCUAUAUUAAUAUAUAACUAACUAACUAAUUAAAUCUUUGCGCCUAAUUCGAGGUAACUAUAUUUCAAAUAUGUUCAUUCACUAUUUGGAUAUGUCAGAAUUUCAAACAAAAUAUUUAUGCAUGGAGAAUAUUUUUGUCAUUGAAAGAUCUAAAGUAGUUAUUUUCCACCGUCCAAGAUGUUCUCAUAUUUAUGCAUGGAAUAUUUCUGUCAUUGAAAGAUCUAAAGUCAUUAUUUUUUACCGUCCAAGAUGUUCUUCUGAUAUUUUUUUUUAGAAUGUUUAAGAGAAAAAUUUGUUUGAACUAGAGUCCCUGUAUAUAUCUUAGACAAGAGUCCGGACACAGCUAUACUUCUGUCCUUUUCUGUUUUCAAAAAAUGCAUUGAUGAUUGAAUAAAGGAAUAAGACAUAUAUAUCGAGCUCUGUCUUUUCAAUUCCCCUAGUAUCAAUACUUGUCAGAAACAAUUUUGAAGGUUAGAUUAUUUGUCAAACCGUUCAUAGCCGUAGGUAGAAGUGAGAAAUAGGCUAUUUUAACUAGAAUAAAUAUGAGAUAGCUAUUGCAACUUUUCGUUAUCAGAUAUUUCUUCACUUCAUUUGAUAUAAGAAAGAUAAUCCAAGUGUUCUAUGUGGUAGAGAGAGAAGAAAAUAUAGUUGUUUUCUGAUCGGAUAUAAAAAAAAUAGAAGAUAUAUAAUUGUUUCAAUAUAAUUUUCUCCGAUUCUCUCAAUUUAAUAACACUCAGCAGAAAUUGAAGUGACAAAAUCAAAAUAACAAUAUAUAUACCUUUAUGCCUUAUAAACAAUGAUUUUUAUAUUUAUCUAACAUUAGGGACAAUGACAAUGAUAUGUCGAAGAUCCAAUUGAUAAACUAUUAUAUACACCUAAUAACUAUACUCAUAUUGAACUAUAACUAUACUUAUAUUGAACUCAUGGUACAUAUACUAUAUAGUAGAUAUAAUGGAAAUCAUAUUUGCAAGAUUCUUAAGAUCAGUAUCUAUAGGUACCUAUAUCGUCUAGGAUUCCUCCGAUGGUGAAUUAAAAACGCCGUGGACUGAUGACAUAGCACAUUGCAAUUUCUCUAAAUCUUCUAGUUUUGAUUUCAAACUCUCAAUUUCUUUCCUCAUCAUCUCAUCAUCAUUUUCUUUCUCUGCGAUCGUAUCAUUCAGUAAUUCCCAAUACGAUGACGACGGAACUCUUUUUAUGAACGUCUCUAUUUUAUAAAUUGACGGCACAGCAGACUCUUUCAAUUUGAAAUCCAUCAGCUUGAAAGAAUCUCUAUCAAAAUGGGCCUAAUAAAAUUAAUCUUUUUUUGUACUGUUUUUACAAGUAAAUUCGAAUGUUUACCUCACAUAUUGCGGAUUUCUUUCAUUGCAUUCUUCCAUGACAUUAUCUUCAAAGGAUCAUUCGGAAAAUUGAAUAACUCGAAUCCCUUUUCUAAUGAAUUAUCGCAAUAAUGUACGCAGCAGGACAUAGAAAUGAUUUGAAAUGCUAACUUUUGGCGGUCAUAAAAUUUCGAAGUGACAGUGACAGAAAUUCGAAAUAAUUGAAGAAAGCGGGCGGGACGACUAUGGUGUUUCGUCACAUUGUCAGGUUGGCAAACGAAAAGGAACAAAAUAUUAAAAACCCCAACGGCUGUCAGUUUUGUGUCCGGACUCUUGUCUAAGGUAUAUACAGGGACUCUAGUUUGAACCAACUACCAGGUCGUGAAUUAUCACUAUUUAAUCGGGUAGGUAUAUACCAAUGACAUCGAAAUUUGGCCAAUCAAAAUGGGGUCCAGUUAAUAUCACUCAAUGAGUGAUGAAUUAAAUAGGCAUAUAUGUCCAAAGAAGAUACCAACUUAUUAUGCUGUUAAUUAAAUAUUCAGUACCUUGCAGUAUUAACAUUAUCAAUUUUUAAUUAGUAUGUAUCUUGAGUUGAUUGGUUGUCUCUUUAUAAUCUGAAAUAACUGAGAUUUUAUAAUCCUAAGAUAUAACUAACAUUUUAUUCAAAUAGUUAUCCGCACUACUAGGCUUUAUGUUAUCAUCAAUUUAAUUCAUUGAUAUUUCUCAUUCAUUCAUAUUAGCCAUGAGUAUUUACAGGCUGACUGAUACCAGAGUUUAUACAAUAGAAACUGAAAUCACUUCACGUGUUCUCUGAAACUUUAACGUCAGUGGUUUGUCAUUUUUUUUUCAAUUGGAGACAUAUUUUUCUCAAUUAUUUGAUGAAGAAUGUUUUUAUGAAUUCAUUAAUGUAUAAAUUGACUUCGUUACCUAAUUAUUUUGGGAAAAAUGAUCCGUCAGCAAUACAUGGUACAUUCAACAUGGUACAUACACCUAUAUAUUAUUUUGCUUGAUUUGUAUUCUAUAUUCAUUACCUAACAUAUUUUAUUCUAUUUUUAUUAGGAAAUUAUUGAACUAUAUAUUUUUACAAAUAUUUUUGUAAAUAAUUAACCUUUGUUUGCCAAAUAUAUGAUCUGUUAUUG